AGUUGUUCGUGAUUCUUAUCUCUUGUUAGUCUCUAAAAUCCGUUUGUUGCUGUACUGUAUCGAAGAUUUAUGUUAUCGUUCUUGCGAAUAGAUACUCGAUAAAGAUAGAAGGAAUAGGUACGCAAUUUAGAAGAUAGAUGACCGGGAGACCAGUGCCAUCCCGCUCAUUUUUCUCUUCCUCAACUAUUGCUGAUCAUCAUAGGUAGCAAAGUUUCGAGCGACGACAUUUUGUUCUGUAGAAUUAGCAUCAACACACACGUCAUAUAAGUUGCUUCACGAGGACAUACGAAAUUGUUUCAGAAGCUGUAGAUCAUUUCAGAAAUUGUAGACAUUUUCAUUCAUUGCUCGUACCGCAUUGCUAUUGAACGACGGUGAAUCAAAUCCUAUCCUAUCCUGCUAUUGAGUAACCACCAUCAACAGUAUGAAGGACAGUGCUAGCAGUGGUCACACGAGUACGCAUGCUGGUGAAAGUACUCCCGGACUCUGUUUGUCUGCACGCGCCCGACGAGACUUCCAGCAACUCAGGAAUGAGGCGCUGUUGGAGGAGGGAAGUUGCUCUGGAGUUAUGGCGAUUUUUUUUGAGAACAGCAACAAUUAGACGUAGUAGAAGGAUAGAAUGACAAUUCGAUUCGCGUAGCAAAGGAGCUACGUGUAUGAAAAAGGUAAGUGUAGUAGUUUUAGUGUACCUGUGCUGUCAUUGAAAGCUUCAAAAUUUAUAUUGCGCUAGUAAAACAAAGAUGAUCACCAUGUCUGUCUCUUUUUUAGGCGGACCAGAACCUAAGAUGAUGCCUUCUAAAUUUUCUUCGGAGAAAGGCAUGCCCGCAGCGGGAUCAGCGGAAGCUUACUACCUCGAAUGUCGCUCAGGGCAGAUCAAAGAAGGAGGUACUGAGAUGUCUCCUUUUUCGGCGUUUUCAUAGUCGUGAGCGCUCACCUCUCCGAGGCGAGCCAAUUCCUAUCCUAUCCGACUGGACCACUAGCAGACAGUGCAACUCUUGGCGGGACAACUCGAUCGAGUCCUGAAUUAUUGUUGUGCAAGAACUGAGAAAGCUUUUUAUAAAUAUACAACUAGGGUAAUAUAUAUAAUUCAAUAUCAAUGCGCUCUCCACAAAUGCAUUCGCGUUUUCGCCUAAUCCUCAGAUGACGCAUGGCCUCCGGAAUGGGCUGCUGAGGAAGGAUGGGCAACCUCCCUAUCAGCUGAAACUGCAGAAUUUGUGCCUGCCGAGACAGCAGAAUUUGUGCCGUAUAGUCUAUACUCGAAGAACAAGAGCAAACUAUGCAAAUGCAACAACUAUCUUCCAGAGAUCCUCCUAAUAAUAUACUUUAGACUUCCGUUUAUGAACAACUAGAGCUAUCUUCUAAAGUCAAAAAAAAAUGCUAAACAACUAGAGCUAUCUUCGCUCGCAUUAUUGUUGACCACUGUACCCUUCUUUUCAGGUGGCAAACGGGGGCAAUAUCACAUCUCGAGGAAAUGA